UAACGUGAUACAACGUUUCAAGCUUUGUUCUCUCAUUCAUCAAUCUCCCUCUCCCUCCCUCUUCGUCAAUCUCCAAUAACACAAAUUUAGAAGCAAAAAAAGAGAGAGUCAAAAUCGAUAUAUGGCGUCGUGGAAUUCGAUUCCGUUAGAAAUAUCGUACGAGGUCGUGGGAUGGAUCGCGUUUGCGUCGUGGUCGAUUAGCUUCUACCCUCAGCUCAUUCUCAAUUUCCGCAGGAAAAGUGUGGUAGGAUUGAACUUCGACUUCGUGCUAUUGAAUUUGACGAAGCACUCGUCGUAUAUGAUCUACAACGUCUCCCUCUACUUCAGCCCCAUCAUCCAAAAACAGUACUUUGACACUUAUGGCGAUCAAGAGAUGAUACCUGUGGCAGCCAAUGAUGUUGCAUUCUCAAUCCAUGCUGUUAUACUUACAGCUCUUACACUCUUCCAGAUCUUUAUCUAUGAACGAGGACCUCAAAAAGUAUCCAGAUUUGCUACUGGUCUUGUGGUUCUUGUCUGGGGGUUUGCAGCUAUCUGUUUCUUCAUUGCCUUACCUACACACUCUUGGCUCUGGCUCAUUACCAUCUUCAACUCGAUUCAGGUUGGCAUGACAUGCGUCAAGUACAUUCCACAGGCGAAGAUGAACUUCACUAGGAAGAGCACAGUCGGGUGGAGCAUUGGGAAUAUUCUUCUUGAUUUUGGUGGAGGACUCGCUAACUAUCUGCAGAUGGUUAUUCAAUCUAUUGACCAAAAUUCUUGGGUGAAUUUCUAUGGCAACAUUGGAAAGACUCUUUUAUCACUCAUUUCAAUAUUUUUCGAUAUCCUCUUCAUGUUUCAACACUAUGUGUUGUACCCUGAGAAGAAAUCCUCAAAAUCUCUGGAAACUGGUCAGGAACCCAACGAACCUCUCAUAGAUCCUUCUCAUGAACAUGUUUAGAAUCAAAAGUCAGAAACAACAAAGCCCUUCUUAGCUCCACUGCCUUCCCUUUUGUACAAAAGUAAAAGAACUUUUCGGACUCCUAGUUUAUCACAUGUUGUCUUAUUAUUUGAGUAAUUUCAAUGUAUCAUGUAUCAUAGAAACAAUCAAACAAAUAAUAUGUUAAUCUUUAGUUUUCUUUUAAGAGCAAGAUCAAUGUUACUGUCCAUCAAACAUGAAUGUGUAGUGUCCAUGAAUUGGCGCAAUUGAUUUUCAUUUAAGCUUUUCAUCUAUCAAAUAA